GAUAAUGACAAAUGUCUACAUUAUAGACAUCAAUGAUUACAUUAGACCUCAUAUUUACACACAACCCCACUCAUCGGCCACAAACACAAGAGAAGACUAGGGAGAUACCGUCAACAUCUCCGGCGACUCCACUCCGCCGUAGAAACUCCAUUUCUACGACAACACCUGCGAUCACCACCGUAGAAACUCCAUCUCCGUCGUUCCAUUUCGAGCUCAUCUCGCUGAAACCAUCCUCUUACACAUCCCUCAGAGAUAUCAUCUCAUCUCCGAGUAACUCCUCCGUCAACUUACCGUCUGUUAACGGUAGCAGCUCUCCCGUGUUAUCCACCGUGGGAGAUAUCUCGAUACGCAACCCCUUAGUAAAGCAAGCCGCUUGGUCUUAUCUCCAGCCGACGGCGUUGACUUCUUCGGAGGACUCGCCUGGGUGUUCUCAGUUCCUCCGCCGCGUAUGGCUCCACUUCUCCGCCGGAAUACAGUUCUUGAAGCAUAUGUUUGACUGGAUUCUCCAGUCAAUCCAGUCAAUAUGUAUUCCUCAGAUUGUUAAGUAGCUUGCCCCACACGUUUGAUUUUGUGUUUCAGAAAUUGAACACAAGUGUUUGUAUACAAUAAAAUGUUACCAGAAUCAAAAAUAUAUUCAAGAAAAAUUUACAUAAAGUCUCCAAUACAUAUCCAUGUUCCUAUAAUGUAAGCUUGACUAGAGUGUUGCUUGUAAAGACAAUGGAAUAAGAAGACUC